AUGUUUCGAAAGUGUGGCAGCGUAAACGACGCCAAGGCUGUUCUUGACGCUAUAGAUUCUCCAAACGCGCGGUCCUCGAGCUCGAGGAUCCAAGCAUAUGCCAUCCUCUUGAUCACGCCGAAGAGCACGCUGUGGAACACGAUGAUCGCGGCAUACGGUAGAGUGAACCAUAUCCAUCGCGCGCAAGAAAUAUUUGAUAGAACGCCACAGAGAAACGAGGCCUCCUCCUGGAACUCUCUCAUCGCAGUUUAUGCCAAAGACGGGGAUCUUGAACGAGUGGGCUUUAUCGUGGAAAGAAUACUGCUGGAUGCCAACACCUGGACGACGAUGAUCCAGUGCUACACCCACGCCGGGCAGAUUGAUCGCGCCAAGGCUGUGUUUGAUUCGAUGACUAGCAGGACAUGUCGGCUACACUCAAAACCAGCAGUUGUAGGAAGCACAAUUCGUGUCCUUUGCUAUGCGCCAUCGCAACGAAUCCAUGCUAGCACAAUUUACCCAUUUUCGGCAUCUUUAGCAAGUUUAACUUGUCCUUGUAGAGUGUCACAACUCUGGUUGCCGGAUCUGGGACUUCUUCCUGCCGAUGGAGACGCGGAGCAUCGUCUCAUGGAUCGGCUAGAUGAGGCGAGAUCGAUCUUCCAGGCGAUGACUUACAAUGAUCCCGUGGCUUGCAAUUCCUUGGCGCUGGCAUUCGGCGAUGCCAGGGAGACCUUUGACGCCAUGCGGAGCGACGCGAUCUCCUGGAACGUGAUGAUCGCUGGAUACGCGCAGAACGGCCAGAUCGCGAGCUCGCUGGAUCUCUUCUCGGCAAUGCGGCUCUAG